CUCCAUUUUAGGGAGCAUUGACGCAUUAAGACAUGACUGGGACUGUAGCAGUCUGAAUCUGUGGUACGGUCACUUCGAGAUGGGUUAUGCCUAAUGUUAAUUCCAGGCAGCUUCUCAAGACAAUUCACCUAGGAGGGCACACGGAGGGCCUGAAGUAAGAUGGAGAACGAGACGAGCACUACCACCUCUGCCCCUGCUACCACUACUGCCAGUUCGCCGUCGUCCCGCACCCAGGCCCCCCCGCCACCUCUGUACAGCGCCCCCACCGACAGACAGGCUGUGCAGGUGAUCCAGCAGGCCAUCCACCGGCCACAGAGCAUGGCUGCGCAGUACCUGCAGCAGAUGUACGCAGCUCAACAGCAGCACCUCAUGCUUCAGACAGCUGCCCUGCAACAGCAGCACCUGAGCAGCACCCAGCUCCAGAGUCUGGCCACAGUCCAGCAGGCGACGCUGACAGGAGGCAGGCAGUCCUCAUCCCCCAACGGCAGUGUGUCACAGCAGUCGAAUGUCUCACAGACCUCGAUCAACCUGCCCUCCUCUCCAGUGACAGCCCAGAUCAUCAGUCGCACUCAGAGCUCCAGCUCCACCGCUGCAGGGGGCGCAAUCUCCCAGCAGGCCAUGCUGCUGGGCAACAGCUCGCCCACCCUCUCCACCAGCCAGGCUCAGAUGUACCUGCGUGCUCAGAUGCUCAUUCUCACCCCCACUGCCACUGUUGCAGCUGUGCAGUCUGAGCUGCCUGUUGUUUCUUCAGCAUCCUCUCCGUCUGCUUCCACCCAGGUCCAGAGCCUGACGCUGAGGGCCCCACCCAGCGCUCUGCCCUCAACACAGACUGUGCCACUCAAGGCUACCACUCAAGGACAACCUCAGAUACCCACACACCCCAAGAUGUCCCUAUGUCCCCUGAAGUCCACUCAGCAGCCCGAAGCCCAGGGGGACGGGGGGAAGAAAGGGGACAGCCCUGGAGCCGAACCCCGAAACACUCCUGUCUCCCGUCUGCCCUCUGCGCAUCAGCUUAUAGCCCCAGCACCAUUCCCUCCAGUACAGCCUCACGCUCUGAUGAAGCACCAGCUGCAUUGCCCAGCCGGACACAAGGGGGCGCACCACCAGCUCAUUAUACAGCAGCAGCCAGUUGCUCCUCACAGGCAGGUCCAGCCAAUCGCGCUCCAAGUCACGACGCAAGAGACUCCGCCCCCCUCCCAGCACUGCCUGUCCGUUCAGCCACAGGUGGCCCCGCCCACCAACCUGGUUUCCGUCCAAUCGCAGCACUGCACCUCCAUCUCCUCCGCCGCCGCCCCCCCGGCUCCCUCUCCCGAGCAGUCACAGCCUGCCGCUCAGCCGACAGUGGUCGUCUCCCCUCCGCCCACGCAUUCCCCCACCAGCCAUUCCCCGACCAUCAUUAUCCAGCCCCAGGCACUGGUCGGGACCCAGGCUCAAGCCCUGGUCUCCGCCCCCAUGCAGCUGGGCCCAGCUCAGCCACCGCCUCUCAGCUCCGCCCAGGUUCCUUCCAGUUUGUCCUCCCACCUGUCUCCUUUGUCUUCCUCGCUUGCGUCGAUUGACUCCCUGCCUCAGUCUGCGUUGGUGCCCCCGGCGACCGUACCUACCCCUCAGCCCCCUCAGCACUCCCCCCCACCUCAGGCAGCCGCCGGGCCCCUGUCAUCUCCUCCUCCUCCUCCGUCUGGCCCCCCGGAGCUGCCCCACCCCUCUCCCACCUCGCUGCAGCCUCUGCCCCUGCCGUCGGUCCAGGCUCUGGCGGUGCAGUCUGAGGUGCUGCCCGCGGCGCCAAUGCUGCUGUCUGAAGAAGAGCUGCCCGUGGCUGAGGCCUUGGUCCAGAUGCCUUUCCAGACGCUGCCCCCUCCACAGACCGUCGCUGUCGACCUCCAGGUCCAGCCGGCCGCGCCGGUGGAGACCCCAGUGGUGCAGCAGGUAUAUGAGAUGGAGGGGAUGUGUGCAGAGGAAAUGAGAGAAGACGGAUUAUCCUGUCCACUAAGGGAUAGGACUCCCACUCCCCCUGCUUUGUCGCCGCCUGCUAUUCCCGAGAGGCACUGCGAAGACAUGUCCAUGCAUUCAGAGAACUGCUCAGCUGUUACUAACCUGCCCUGUGUAACGUCAACUGGCAACGCCUCCGUGAUCAGAUCUUCUGCGGAUCCCACUUACGUCAACAGCUCCCCCCCUCCCCUCCUGCCAGCCGUGGUAAGAAGUACCAGCAAGCCCCCCCAAGCAAGCCUCCCGGGGGUUCCUGACAGCAAGCCCCCGCAGGCGAUCGUUAAACCCCACAUCCUCACGCACCUCAUUGAGGGCUUCGUCAUCCAGGAGGGGCUGGAGCCGUUCCCGGUCAGCCGCUCCUCCCUGAUGGUGCAGCAGCAGGUGAAGCAGCCCGAGGCCCAGGUGCUGAAAUCGAACGGGGGGCAGCCGGAGGCCCUGCUGGAGCCCGAGCAGCCUGAGAACUCCAGCGACACCGACAUGGACGACAUGACUGCCGAGGACGGCGUGGAGGAAGCUGCUACAGAGGUGCUGAAGUGCGAAUUCUGUGGGAAGAGGGGGUACGCUCACAAGUUCCUCAGGUCAAAGAGGUUCUGCUCAAUGUCAUGUGCCAAAAGGUUCAACGUCAGCUGCACGAAACGGGUCAGCAUGAUGAAGGCCGACAAGGUGGGCCGCUGGGCCCGGAAGCCGGACGGAAGACGUGGUCGGCGCCCCAGUGGGGUUGAGGGGGGAUCCAGGGAGCAUUUCCUCCGCCAGCUGGCGGUGCCGUACAACAACACGGAGGAGGUCCAGCGGGGCGCCAGCCAGUCCCCCCGCGAGGAGGAGCCCCCCGUCCCCAUGACGACGAGGCUGCGGCGCCAGAGCGAGCGCGAGCGGGAGCGGGAGCGGGACGUGCGCAUGAGGGAGCCUUCGGACGCGGCGGAGAGCCUGCCCGCAGCCCAGGCCGACCCCACGCAGUGGACCGUCAACGACGUCUGGGCCUUCAUAUACACUUUACCAGGGUGUCAGGACAUUGCGGAGGAGUUCCGCUCUCAGGAGAUAGACGGACAGGCGCUGCUGCUGCUCACGGAGGACCACCUCAUGAGCGCCAUGAACAUAAAACUGGGGCCUGCCCUCAAGAUCUGUGCCCGUAUUAACUCCCUGAAGGAGGCCUGAAGAGGGGGGCGGCAGUGACGGGUCGCCUGCAGGCGCCCCACCGCCCAGCUCCGCCACAGACCCAGCGCUCAUCUCUGCAGAGAUGCUACACAUUCCCCGUCGCCGGUACUCGAGCUCCGGCCCCCCUGCGCUCCGAACCUCUCGUUUCUGCUAGGGGACAGACAGGCGUGCCCCAGCCCUGCCGGGUGUGUCGGACGUCUUGAAUUUCAGUCGUUUCCGAAUUGAGCGAGGAGUCAAAGAAAGCGUUUAUUGUCAUGCACAAAAAGUACGUAAGCACCUAAUGAUCCAGUUUUUGCCAAAUUCACCACAAUGUAAUAACGUCGUGAACCGUGUUAACAGUAUACAGGGGUCCAGAGGAAAUCACAGUCAGUUAUUAGUUAUAUCAAAUGAUGAAUGAUAAUUCAUGAUGUACAGUAGUGAAACUGUAAGCCAAGCUCUAUUAUGUUCUUUGAUCUCCAUCAAUGGUACAUACAGUAUAGAAAUGAGGGGAUCAGAUCCAAUAUACAUGCCAGCAGAGAGUAUUAACGAUAUUUAAAGCCAGUGAAUAGGUUUCUGCUAUGCUGAGGCCUCCCCCUGUUCUAGUUUUAUUUGCGAGACCUGUAGCUUUAUUUGCCUUAACUACAUUUGUUUUGGGAUUAUAAAUUUGAACAACUCACGGUUUUGGGAGUCAAGGAUAAGGCUUUCACCGAUAGACCAAGUGGAGGAAAAUAUGUUUUCUCCAUUGACGGGCAGUAUUGGAAUGUAAUUGAACGCUGCUGCACUUGCCCGCACAAAAGCUUUUCAUUCAUCUUGGACGCAAUGCAGGCCACAAGUGUCCACAUUAUAAUGAAGCUACUAGUGCUUGAUUAAUCGUGACAAGCUGCACUUGGCCACUUCAUUAAUACAACUGCUGUCUGUCCUGCCACAGGUUCAACAAUGUAACACUGUGUUAAACAAUUGCUCAUUUGCUUUCAAUACAAUAUACUGUGCUAUAUGCUUUCUCAGCACUGAAGUCCAAAAGAACAAAAAGUGAGUUAAUAUAUUCAAAGCUGUCAUUUUAAACGCACAGUUCUUUACAAAGUGUGCAUAUAUUUAAAAAAUACUAAGUAGAGGUUGCUCAUAUGACAAAUAUGUAAUUUAUACUAAAACAAACACAGAGGAAGAUUUUUAUGGCCCACAGUCACUUGUAUAUUUUGAGUGUCGAGUGACUGUGCAAGGAAGUGUUGUCUAUUUGAGCUUCUUGGUUGUACCAGGAUAUAAGCAAAAAGUAAGAAAGAGUCCUCCUGCAUAUUCUAUUGCAGUUAUUAUUUUUUUACUAGAUAUAUGAAUCUGACAGUGUUUGAAUGUAAAAAAAAA